AUUCCAGGAAAUUACGCGAAUUGAGGCUUGAAAGUUAAUAUUGAAAGCGAAAAGCUUUUAAAAAAUAAAACAUUUUUAAUAAACGGAUAGCUCAACGCAUGUUCUAUGUAAUUUGAACCUAUUAAGUGCAAUGGUGAAUGUAAUGAAAGGUGUUUUUGUUGAAUGUGAUCCGGCUAUGAAACAGUUUUUACUACAUCUCGACGAAACGCUUGCUUUGGGACGCAAAUUCAUCAUACAAGAUUUAGACGAAAAUCAUCUAUUCAUCUCUACCGACAUAGUAGAAACAUUACAAGCACGUGUCGACGAUUUAAUGGAUCGUAUUAGUUUUCCGCUGCAUGAAAAGGAUCCCUAAAUAGCCAUACUUUUACAUAUAUUUUAAAACACUGCAAGCCGUAAACUUCACACAUAAAAAGACACUCUCAACAAAUUUAUCAACAACCAUGACUGGCCGCGAAUCCAAUCGCAUUAAGGAUGCCGAAAAGAAACGCGUACUUGAUGAAGCUGCACGUCAACGACGCGCACGCAAAGCAUUGGAGGCGCUCGAGCAAGACAAUUUCCACGAAGAUCCACAUGCUGAUUUGGUAAUGUCUAAAAAAGUGCCGAAAUUCCAAGAUGGCAUCAAAAAUUCGAAAGAAAAGAAGACUAAGCGGAAAAACGCUGAAUACUACAAAGCAAAGUAUCGUAAGAAUUUUCCGCAACUCCUAGAGGAAUGUAAGCAAAAUUCGACAGAUGCACCUAACUAUUUAAAUGCUUUGGCACCACCACCCAAUAAGCCAGCGCGACGCUUUUGUGCGGUAUGUGGAAAUUUCUCAAAAUACACUUGCACCGCUUGCGGCACACACUACUGUUGCAUACGUUGUUUGGGCACCCAUCAGGAUACACGUUGUCUUAAGUGGACGGCUUGAAGUGUUUGCUUCGUAAAUUUAUUGUAAUUCUAGUUAUAAUGAUAUAUAUAAAUGAAAAAAAUAAAAUUGAAGACUUAAAAUUGCUAA